CGCUAGAUGUCGUGCCACCUAGAGUGGGCAUAUCCCCUCGAUGCAGAGCCCAAUACAGACAGUCUUAGACACACACUUGUCUUUAUAACAUGGUGUCAGAAGUGUGCUCUCACAACUCGACGGUGUUGAGUCGUAACCGCGUGGUUUGUGAGUAUUGAACUGCAUCCUUCUUUAUCGUACGCAUCCUCCGUGUUGUUGAACUGCAUCCGUCUUUAUCUCGUGCAUCCGUUUGUCUUGCACCAUUUUCUUGAAAUGUCGUCUUCGUUGAGGGCUCCUGAACCUUUUUCUUUCGGGGCCAGUGAUUUGGCGGCCCAGUGGGGUAUUUGGCGUAAACAGUUUUCGUGGUACUUGGUGGCUACAAAUAGCGGCCUUAACGUGGAUGAAGAGCAAAUGGUGGGCGUGCUCAUCACUCUUCUUGGCAGUGAGGGCCUCAAAAUUUACGAAACUUUUGUGUUCAAUCCAGCCACCGAUGCCAUUAAAAUUGCGCCGGUGUUAGACAAAUUCACUGCCCAUUUUGAGCCCCGACGUAGUGAAGUUUUCGAGCGUUUUAAAUUCCUGCGUCGUCAUCAACUCCCUGGUGAAACUUUUGAUGCGUGGUUGAUUGAUCUUCGUGGUCUCGUGAACUCAUGUGGCUAUGGUACUGGUGUUGAUUCGGUCUUACGGGACCAAAUAGUACUCGGUGUGGCUGAUCCUUACGUCCGUGAAAAGCUGCUGUAUGAAAAGGAUUUGCUGCUCGCCACUGCGUGUGAAAUUGUGCGUGCAUGUGAGUCGUCUAAAGCCCAGCUCAGCCAAAUCAACACAUCGUCGACAGCAGAAGCCGCUCACGCCAUUCAGAGUCGACCUGGUGGCCGGAAGGUUGAGAGAAAGCCGGAUUCAUCGUUCAGAGCUCAGCAUGAGCAGCAGCCGUCCGCUAAUCAACAUUCAGCCCAGCAGUAUCCCAAGUGUAAAGAUUGCGGUCGUUCCCAUAGAAAAAAUCAGUGUCGGGUCACCAAUGUUACGUGUUUUAAUUGCAACGUGGUCGGCCAUGUAUCUAGUUGCUGUCCGAAUCCACCCAAGCCCCGCCAGAUGUCGUCACGUCAAGCACCAAGCCCCGCGGCCAAAGUUCAUGCUGUGGAGGAGGAGACGCACUGGAUUGGUGAUGUCGAUCGUGGCGGUACGGCGAUGGCCCUCCCGCGGUCAGUUGAAGAAAGUUACUACGUCUCUCAUGCCCUAACGUCGUCUGGUAAUGAGUCUGAGUGGCGCCAAGAAGUGACAGUAGAUGGCGUUAAAGUUAACUUCAAGCUUGAUUCUGGCACCACAUGCAACAUUCUGCCGUAUGAGUCGUUUUCUCGGCUACCCAAAACACGCCGCUGUCUUCGCCCUGGGCCCAUUGUUCGCAGUUAUCGUUCACAAGAUGGCCUCUUACGAGUGCUAGGAUUGCACACGGCCAAGGUGGUUCACAGAGGCGCUUUAUUUGUCAUCGACUUUGUCGUGGUUGACGAGCCUGGCCAGCCACCCCUUCUGGGACUCCCGUCUUGCGACAAGCUGAACUUGAUUCGGCGGGUCGAUGCUGUUCAGUCGCCAGUAGACGCUCCGCUGCCGCCGAUCGUCGUGGAAUUUAUGGACGUCUUCGAAGGAUUAGCCAGUCGACUUCCGUUCCGGCUGGAGGAUCGCGUUUUCAAGAAGCUGGACGAAAUGGUCAACGACAAAAUCCUCACCCCCGUGCAAGAGCCAACUGAGUGGGUCAGCCGCAUGAUGGUGGUGGGAAAACCGGACGGUGAUGUCCGUAUUUGUCUGGACCCGUUUGAGCUCAACAAGGCUAUUCAACGUCAACAUUUUGCCGUCCCCACCAUUGAGCAGCUGUUCAGCAAGUUGGCGUCCUAUUUGUGCACAAUGGCCACUCCAAAAGGCCGUUAUCGCUUCCUCCGGCUGCCGUUUGGGUUGAAGUCAGCCCCUGAAAUUUAUCUUCAGACGAUGAACGACUUGUUUGGAGACCUGCCCGGUGUACUCAUCUAUUUUGAUGAUUUCCUUGUAACGGGUGAAACGGAGGAGGAACUACUCGCCAACCUUCGUCAAGUGUUUGAGCUCCCGUGGCUAGGCCAUGUUAUUGGCCAGGGAAUUUUAAAGCCGGACCCUCUCAAAAUUUCGGCGAUUGUGGAAAUGCCUGAUCCGACUUGUCCGGCUGAUCUCGUCCGUCUCCUGGGCAUGGUGACAUACCUGGACAAAUUCUGCCAAAAUCUCGCGGGUCUGACACGACCCUUACGUGACUUACUCAAAGCAGACGCAGCGUGGGUGUGGGAAGAGCCCCAGAAGAUGGCCCUUGGUCAGCUUAAAAGUGCGUUGUCGUCUCUUCCAGUGCUACGACUGUUUGACCACUCACUGCCCUUGGUUGUGUCCGUUGAUGCGUCUCCCGUCGGCAUCGGUGCAGUGUUGCUUCAAAAUAACCAACCGAUCGCGUACUCGUCAACGUCGUUAACCGAUACUCAAAAACGGUACUUUCAGAUCGAAAAGGAGCUGUUGGCGGUCCAGUUUGGACUCAUGCGCUUCCGGCAGUACGUCUAUGGCCAAAUGGUGGUGGUUGAAACCGAUCACAAACCGUUGGUUGGCCUCCUGGAGAAGCCCAUUGCGUCUUGUUCCCCGAGAAUCCAGCGGAUGCGUCUUCAACUCCAGCGAUUUGAUUUCCAGCUCGUCUACAAGCCGGGCAAGGAGCUGUUUAUCGCCGACACGCUUAGUCGGGCUCCGUCGCCCCGUCUCUUUACCGAUGACGUCACUCAAGACUGCGAGGAGCAGGUUCACGCUGUUCUUGACCUGAUAAUUCCUCAUGAUUCAACUCGUGUCAAGUUUGCUGCAGCAACAAUGGCAGACCCGACUCUCCGUCUCCUGAAAGAAGUCCUUCGGCGUGGAUGGCCUGAUCACAAGGCCCAGUGUCCGGUGGCCGUUAAGCCGUUCUGGCCAGUACGCCACCACUUGUCUGAAGCUGAUGGUCUGCUACUCAAUGGCAGCCGGUUGGUGGUUCCGAUUUCGCUUCGGCAGGAAGUGUUGGCCGGAAUACACGACGGCCAUUUUGGAGAGGUGAAGUGCAUCUUACGGGCCAAAUCGGCCGUUUAUUGGCCCGGGUGUGACGAGCAAAUUCGCAACAUGGUGGCCAGCUGUUCGACCUGCCAAACGCAUCGCCAUCGAAACCCAGCGCAGCCUCUUCGUCCAGUGCCGUUGCCGGUUCAUGCAUUUCAGUGGGUGUCGGCUGACAUUUUCCUACAUGGUGGCGUCAACUACCUCCUGAUUGUUGACGCAUAUAGCAAGUGGCCGGCAUGCGUUCCGUUGCGCAGUUUAUCGUCGUCGUCCGUCGUCGCCGAAAUGGAACGCAUAUUUAGUGACUUUGGCGUUCCGGAAAUUGUCAUGUCCGACAAUGGCUCUCAGUUCGAUUGCGCCGAAUUUCGAGAGUUCUGCGAGGGCCGUGCAGUUCGGUCAGUGACGUCCAGCCCAACCUACGCACAGUCCAAUGGUCUGGUGGAGCGCCACAUACAGACAGUAAAAAAGACGCUCCUAAAAAUGUUUACGGAUGGCCGGUCUCUGUGGGAGGCCUUGGCGGCCAUUCGGUCAACUCCAAUAUCGUCGGAACUGCCGUCUCCGGCAGUGUUAUUGCAGGGACGCCACCUUCGUGGCAGCUUGCCGUUUCUGCAGGAUCGUCUGGUUCCACAAUUUGUAUCUGCCAAGUUCGUUCACGGCCAGCUCCAGCGUCGUCAGGCUACGGCUUGUUUCACUCACGGCGGUCGUCCGGAUGUUCGUGGGUCGGCGCUCAUUAUCGGUCAACGUGUCCGGGCGUUCGUCUCUGGAUUGUGGUUACCAGGUGCCGUCGAAGCUGUUUGCAGCGAACCGGACUCAUAUGUCGUUCGGUUGGCGGAUGGGCGAGCUUUUCGUCGGACGCGCCGCGAUAUAAAUCUUGACAACUCGCCGUCGGCAGGAUUGGCCGUGGGUCAACAGAGUGGUGGUGCUGCUGUAAUCCCGUCUGCUGUUCGCGGUUAUCGCCCCGCCCCUGCUAAUCAUCUGCUGCCGGUCCUGUCUUGGUCUCCGCCUGGUCUGCCUGCCCGCGCUGUGAAUGUUCCAGUUGCCCAUCCAGUUGCCCAGCCGCUUCCGGCAGCCCUGGGUCAACCGUCAAUGAUACCACAGCCUCCGCCAAUCGUUGUCAACCCGGCGCCCGGCCCGGCAACUCCUGCAAGGCCACGUGCGGCGCCCGUCUCAACCGACAAGCGCGCUACCGUCCAGCUACCCUCUGUCCAGCCUGACUGUGUCAAGUCCGCUGGCCGUCGCGCCUCAUCGUCCGGGUUCGACUCGCUCUGGUCGCCCUUACCUCAAGCCGUCUUAAUUGUCUGUAUGUGA